GUUUUUAGGAAUAAAACACAACUCUUGAAUUUUCUGAAUCUUGUCUCAGGAGGAGUGAUGUGUGCUCAUCGUGUAGCUGCUGACAUUGGGCUUGAGAGAAAAUCGAAGGUACUUGAUGCUGGUCUUCUUGGUAUACUUGGUUGGCUAAGGACACUCGCAUAGUUCUGAGAGUUGUGUUCCUCAAGUCCAUGAGAGCAGGACAAAAGAGCUGCACAUAUAUAUAAGAAAAAUAUUUUUCCAUAUUCAAUAUUUUUUUGUCUUUCUCUUCAUAUAUAGAUAAAAUCAAAAUUAAGGAAUCUAAUCCUAGAAUCAUGGGAAAGGAGUCUAAUUCCAACUUCCUAUGUUAAGAAAAACAUACUAGUUUAAGAACCUUAAGUCUUACAUUUGGAGAUUGAAUUUUGGUUCAGGUAUCAUCAUCAUCUGCAUGAUUCUCAUUAGAAGUAGAACCUUCCCACCAAGAAACAGGUGGUACUCCCGAGUCCGUAACCUUCGUUUGUCUACUUUAGGAUGUAUUCCAAAAAGGGUAUAAUAAGUGUUAUCUAAUGUCAAAAAAUCCAUUAGCUUUCGGAAACCCUCAUAUGAUGCAAAAUUAAUUUUAAAAUAUCUUCAUUGUUUUUUCCAACAUUUUUAUCUUUUAGUCAUAAAAACACUUCUGUUUCAUAGAUUGAGUAAUUUAUCAAUGAAUGGUCAAACCACCACUCGAGAUGGUACGCCAUUGUGAUUUAUGAUUGAAGAGAUUGAUAUAUAAAUGUGGUUACAAAACAAAAAGGUUGAACAAUAAAUUUAAAACUUAAAAUGUUCUAAAAUGUAACACUUAAUUUGAACAUGAGUCUGCGUCACGUCAAGUGGCAAGCCUCUAGUGUUAUGAGUCUGCUUAAUUUAACACUUAAUUUGGAUAUGAGUCUGCUUCACGUCAAGUGGCAAGCCUUUACUAUAAAUAAAUAACCCUAAAACCCUCUUGCCAUGACAAAUUCGAGCAAAAAAAGAAACACGGAAAAAAAUGAAUAAUAAAGCAUUUUUCUUUCUUCUCCUCUCCCUCGUCCUCCUCCCACUCUACGCGUUUGCGGUGGUGAGUGUUGGCGGCUGGAGUCCCAUCAGCGAUGUUAAGGACCCUCAUGUUGUAGAGAUCGGCGUAUUCGCCGUCUCCGAGUACGAUAAACAGAGCAAGUCAGGACUCAAGUUCGUGACAGUUGUUAGCGGCGAGUCUCAGGUAACCGCAGGUACUAAUUACCGGCUUAUGGUGACGGUGGAUGGCAGCAUAGGAGUUGCUGGCGCUGGUGUGAGCAAGAAGUACGAGGCGAUUGUAUGGGAGAAACCGUGGCUGAAAUCGAUGAAUCUCACUUCUUUCAAGCCCACCGUAUAAUGGCAUUUUCUCUGGUUUUUCCAUAUGUGACAGAUCUUAUAAAACAACAAAAAAAGAAAGAAAUUAUUGUCAGUUAAUGUAUGACUAUCUGGUUUUCAAGUUUCAUGUUGUAACGGUAAAGAAAGAGUGUGAUGCAGAUUGCAGACGAAGAAAUGAUACUAUAUUGACACAUCCGCUAAAUAUGCCGGCUAAUCUGCUAUAUAGAUUAUGGGGUCACGAGACUGUUGAGAGAUGGUAUCACUAAAUUGAAUUAUUGGAUAUCAUUUUUAUGAAAAAUAAUAGAAGGUGACACAAGAGAACAUGUGAGGGGAAGUGUCGAAGGCGUAAAGCGAACAUGUCAUUUGUCUUUUGGUCCACUUUGUAGGUCAAUUAAUGUGACCAGUAUUUUUUUUCUUGCUAAGAUAAUGUGACCAGUAUUUAAAUUAUUCAACUACCAGCUUGUCCAAAAAAAAAUCAUAAUAUCAAAUAUUUAACUAUUGAGGGUUGAUUUAUAUUUUUUUUUUCGCUCAAUAACUCCAUAUGUUAAAUUAUAUCCAUUUUGUUUCCGAAAGUAAGAUUUUCUAAAAUUUUCAUGUUUAUUAAGAAUAAAAUAAAUUUUUACAAUUUAAUUUAUAAUUUGUUUCAAUACACUUUUUAAUAAUUAUCCACCAAUAAAAUUUAAUCAAUUCAAAUAUUUAAAAUUAAUAUUUCUCAGAAGUAUACAAAAGUACCUUAAAAAUAUAAGAAAUUUAUUUUUGUGGAACAAAAAUAAACUCUAGAAAAUCUUAUUUUCGGAAAUGGAUGAAGUAUUUGGUUCCUAUAACAAAUAUCACGAGAAACUGUUAGAACAGACAUAUUAUAAAUUACAUGAAAAAAUAAGAUUUCACAUAGUUGUUUAUACUAAAGGGAUGACGUACUAUAAAUCAGCAUGGUUGUUUAUACUACAAGAGAUGAAAUAUAAGCCAAAGAAUGCAAAUUGAUUUCUAUGCAUGUUAAAAAGAUCUAGGUCAGUUUUGAAGGCCAAACAAGUAGUUGGAUCAGCACAAUUUGUCUUAAACCUUAUCGAAUACAUCAUUUUUUCGCUCAGGCUGCUCACGGCGCACAUAAGUUCUUCCAGUUAUGUGUGAAGUGUCGAUAGAUUAUGUUUCAUCCUGGGGUCUUUGGCAUGUGAAAUCCCAUGUUAGUGUUAAUAAACCAUCCCAAUCUAUUAAAUGGUCCAUGAUUAAUCUAAAAAUCAUCGACGUGGAAAGUAGGGACAGAAUAGAUCACACGGGAUAGUCUCAUGUUGCUAUGAUGCUGUGGAGUCUCCACCUCUUCUUAACAAUUUUUAUUGGUAUGCCUUCUUCCAACUACCUACUUCUAUGGGCACAAGUUGCCAAGUGCCCAUUGGUGAUAUCUUUUUGAAAAGUUUUCAUAUAUACCAAAAUGAUUUAUGUUCAAUUGAUCCCCAUAAUAAUUCCUAUAAAAACUAAAAUUAAUGUUUUGUUGUAAUCUUAUAUAAUAAAGUUGGGUUAUGCUCUCACCACAGGCUUCCACGACAUCAAGGAGAGGGGUGCUUUUCGCGACACGUGGCAUCACCUCAUUCUUCACAUUUUUUUUUUCGUUAACAAAACCUGGGACCAUUCGUCACGUAUGUUUAUGUUUUAAAUGUAUGGGCCGUUUUGCAUUUGGGCUUUUAGACAAAUGUAUGAUAAUCUUUCUGCAACGAUUUCAUCUCAAACAAAACGGAGAUGUUCACCUCUUUAAUCGCAGAGGCCUAAAAAUCUAUUCGACAACAAACACCGUCUUCCUCUUCUCCCAAACCCGAACUCCCACUGUCUGUUAGAGAUCACGAACGUAACGACUCGCCGCAACACGAAAGGUCGCAACAUAAAACGAUGUAAUUAAGCCUCUCCAUUAAUUUCUAUACACACCCAUUCUUCUACGUUACAUUUAAUUUCCUUUUUUUCCACCUAAAAACCUUCAGAGACAUCUACACUAUAAAUAAUGAGGACGCCAUGAUCAAUUUCCUCAAUGCAAAUAACCUGCAACCUUUCGUGACCUCUCAUCUCCUCUCCUGCUGUUAGAUUUAAAGUCCGGUUGUUCUCCGCUGGCGGUGGUCAUUCUCCUGAUUAAUGAAAAGUCUGUCCCCCUUAUCUUACAUUUCCUUCUUUUAAUCAGUGGCUUUGAUGUUACGAGAAGCAACCACCGUUUCAAACUUUCAGAUUCAUCCAUAGGUAUUCGCUUCACCUAAUCGUAAUUACAUAGAAUCUUAAUCCAACACUACGGAGCUUUUUAGGUUCUGAUGAUAUGGAUAAUUCAUGGCACUUACAAAUACAGAAAACAGAACUCUUUUUUCCUUUUUUUAUGAAUCUCCAAUAAAGAAGAGAAUCUGUGUGUUAUACAAUCAUGAUUGAUCUUCUACAGGUUUAAGUUAUUUGCAUUCAGAUAGAUUCGUUCAUUGCUAUAUGAGAACAGAGUACAUGCUUUUGGAUUAGCAGAAGAAUCUAAGAAUUGCUGAUUUUGGAGUGGCUAGAGUUACUUAGAAUCCAAAGGACAUGGUUGGAGAAACUGGUACUCUUGAAUACAUGGCCCCGUAGGUAACAGAGAAACAUAACUCAUACGUUAAAGAUUGCUUAUCAUGGGUUCAAAAACUCUUUUGGUGUGCGUAAUAAUGAAACUUGUGUGGUUAGGUUCUUCAUGAUAAAGCCAUACAACAGAAGAUGCAAUGUUUAUAGCUUUGGGAUAUGUUGUGGGAGAUUUAUUGUUGUGCUACUCCAUCCUGAUCUCGCCUUUGCUGAUGUUAUUUCUGCUUUUGUUCAGGUAAGUCAAACUUAAGAUGCAUCCCUAUUUAUAGCAUUUUGAUAUCUUUGGUUCUUAUCGGGUUAAAAUGGUUUUUGGCUUUGUAGGGUUAAUAGAGAAAAUGAAACAGCCUAUCGAUUUGCAAUUCGGUUUUAGUUUCCUGCUCUGAUUGAUGCAGUGUUGGUCAUGUGUUUGGUUUGGUAUUAGUCUAUUUGAGUUGAAUUCAAGUUGGCUUGGUUAGAAAUAACGUUAAGAUUACUCUUUCUACGAAUAUAAAAUGGUUUAGUUGAUAUAAUAUUUUAUGUAAUAUGACUAUUAGAUUCGGAUGUGUUUUUUUUUCCUAAGAUUGUGUUGAUGGUUUAGAUUUUGGCAAAAUUAAUAACAAAUUAUCUUCAAUUGA